CACUUAUCCUUAUAUUAGCUUGUUCAGUAUGGUUGUGCCUUUGCGAAUGCCUUAGUCAAUAAAUAUGCAAUCGAUUUUGCUUCAUGUAUAUCAAGUAAUACAAUCUCACCUUCAAUUCCGUGUUUUCUUAUUAUUAUAUAUCUCAAAGUUAAGGUUAUUAAGAAAAAGGAAAGGAUAUAGGGGACAUUAAUGUAACACCUGAAGUAGUGGAGGAUGUGGGAAAUUGAUUUGGAAGCAAAGGCCAAGGAAUAUGAGGCUAGUUCCAAGGCCAACAACUCCGGAGAAUAUCAAUUGACGAACGAUAUCAAGAACUUUAGCAAAGGCCGCGUGCACAAAGUGGAGACUCAUUUUUGGAAUGGACGCACUUUGACUAACUUCCCUGCACUCCCAAUUAACACUGGUGUUGCCAUGCGCCAGGCCGGACCCCUUCCUAAAGGUGUUAAGUGGGGAAUCGUCUAUGCUGAUGGUGAAGACACCACUGCUCGUAAAUUCAUCGCUGCUGUAGAUGGCCCAAGUGGAAAGAUAUAUGUUGAAGCUGGACCAAUAGGUCCGGUUGAUUGGAACGUAGUUGAAGUGAAACUGGACCAACAUUCUGGAAGCAAAGCUGAGACCACUGACCCAAUUCUUGGAGGCAAGAUUGUGGCUCAGGUUACUGGUACUUAUGCAGUUGCAAGGUUCUACAAUUAGCUUAAUUGUCACUUCGACCAGCUUCAGCUUGCUUGCUACAGGCUACAUAGCUAGCAAGCAUCUGAUUUAUGCAAUUAAUUAAGUUCGUCUUUAUUUCGAUCAUGCACUUAAUAAAACAAAUGCUUCCCUCUUGGGAUUGUGAUUUGUGGUUUGUGAUAUGUGAUCAACGAAUAAAAAAGGAGGAUGCUCCCUUUUGUGCUUUGUAAUCACAUAGAUCUGUUAUAAAUGGAAAUUUAAGAGUUUUUAUUUUAAUACUA